AGUACUGCUUUUUAUUUCUCCUGACGGUACUUUGAUGUCGGUAAAGAAAAGAUAGAAACCUGUAACUGCUAUAGCGCCGCUAUGUUAUAGCGUAACAUAACCUCCACAUUUAUUCUGUCUGCCGUCAGUCGCGAAAACACAAGUCAUUGAAGAUGGAAACCAUGGAAGUUGUUAUUCCUGAGAAAGAUGAAGGCAGCCCGGCUGAGACAAAGCAGAUUCUUCAAGACACUGACACUGAAGAUCUCUACACAAAGUAUAAGAAACUCCAGCAGAUGUUGGAAUUUCUUGAAGUACAAGAGGAGUACAUCAAAGAUGAGCAGCGAAAUCUCAAGAAAGAAUAUCUGCAUGCACAGGAAGAGGUCAAGAGGAUCCAAUCAGUGCCACUGGUUAUUGGGCAGUUCCUUGAAGCUGUAGAUCAGAAUACUGGCAUUGUAGGCUCUACAACUGGAUCUAAUUACUAUGUGAGAAUUCUUUCCACUAUUGACAGGGAACUCCUGAAACCAUCUGCCAGUGUUGCACUGCAUAAACACAGCAAUGCUUUAGUUGAUGUGCUGCCUCCAGAGGCAGACUCCUCCAUUAGCAUGCUGCAAGCUGAUGAAAAGCCUGAUGUGAGUUAUGCUGAUAUUGGUGGCAUGGAUAUGCAGAAACAAGAAAUUCGUGAAGCAGUUGAGUUGCCACUCACGCACUUUGAGCUCUACAAGCAGAUUGGUAUUGACCCACCUAGAGGUGUAUUGAUGUAUGGUCCACCAGGAUGUGGCAAAACCAUGCUUGCAAAGGCGGUUGCACAUCAUACAACGGCUGCGUUUAUUCGCGUUGUUGGUUCCGAGUUUGUUCAAAAGUAUUUGGGCGAAGGACCGCGCAUGGUGCGUGACGUGUUUCGUCUCGCGAAGGAGAACUCUCCAGCUAUCAUUUUUAUUGAUGAGAUUGACGCUAUUGCUACGAAGCGUUUUGAUGCGCAGACCGGUGCCGAUAGGGAGGUGCAACGUAUUCUUCUUGAGUUGCUUAACCAGAUGGACGGUUUUGACCAAACGACGAAUGUGAAAGUCAUCAUGGCGACAAAUCGUGCCGACACUCUUGAUCCUGCACUUUUACGUCCAGGUCGUUUGGACAGGAAAAUUGAGUUUCCGCUUCCUGAUCGGCGCCAAAAGCGUUUAAUUUUCAGCACUAUUACUUCAAGAAUGAAUCUAUCGGAGGAGGUUGACUUGGAAGACUUUGUCGCUCGACCCGAUCGAAUUUCGGGCGCAGAUAUCAACGCUAUUUGUCAGGAAGCAGGCAUGCACGCCGUGCGUGAAAAUCGUUACAUUGUCUUGCCCAAGGACUUUGAGAAGGGUUACAAGAACAACAUCAAGAAGGAUGAGAGCGAACAUGAGUUCUAUAAAUAAUUUCAUUUGCUUACUUUAACAUAGGGAUAAGCUCAGUAAACCUAAAUAUUUGUAAUAAGUUAAAAGCGAUUCGACAGUAAAUUCAAACUUAUAAAUAA